AUGGGGUGGGACCGCAAGGGGGAGCGGGAGCCGCGGCUCCUCCCGUGUCUGCACUCCUUGUGCGGGGGCUGCCUCCGAGCAGCGGCCGCGGGGAGCGGCCUGGAGUGCCCCGUCUGCCACAGCCAGUGCCGGCCCCAGGACGUGGUGGAGAACUACUUCCUAUGGGAGGGCAGCGCCGAGCCCCCCCCCGGCGGCCCGGGGACCAGCCAGUGCUGCACGAGCUGCGAGGACAACGCGGCGGCCACCAGUUACUGCGUGGAGUGCUCGGAGCCGCUGUGCGGGACGUGCGUGGAGGCGCACCAGCGCGUCAAGUACACCAAGGACCACACCGUGCGCGCCAUGGGCGGCGGCCGCGCCGCGGCGCGCACCCUCUUCUGCCCCGUGCACCGGCAGGAGCCGCUGGCGCUGUUCUGCGCCACCUGCGAGGCGCUCACGUGCCGCGACUGCCAGCUCGGCGCACACCAGGACCACCGGUACCAGUUCCUGGAGGAGGCCGUGCGGGGGCAGCGGCAGCAGCUCCUGGCGCUGCUCAAGCGCCUCGGGGACAAGCAGGCGGCGCUGCAGCGAGCGGCCCGCGACGUGCGCGCCUUCAUGCGGCGCGUGGCGGAGGUGCAGAAGCGGGUGCAGGUGGAGGUGAAGGUGGCCAUCCUGCAGAUCAUGAAGGAGCUCAACAAGAGGGGCCGGGUGCUGGUCAGCGAUGCUCAGCGCGUCACCGAGGGCCAGCAGGAGAGGUUGGAGCAGCAGCAUUGGGCCAUGACCCAGCUGCAGCAGCGGCACGAACACGUCCUGCGCUUCACGUCCUGGGCGCUGCAGAGGGACAACAGCGCCGCAUUGCUGCUCUGCAAGAGGCUGAUCUGCCUGCAGCUGCAGGCCGCCCUCAAGGCCAUGGUGGAGCCGGUGGAGCCCCAGGGGGAGAUGAAAUUCCAAUGGGAUCCCAGCGCCUGGACCCACAGCGCCGAGAGCUUCGGCAGCAUCGUAUCAGAGCGCAGCCUCCCCCCCCCGCUUCCAGCGCUCAGCCCCCAUGGCUAUGGGGCACCGCAGGGUGCCCCCCAAGCCGUGGUGGUGAGCAAAGGGCAGCCCAGCCCCAUAGCGCAAGGAGGGAGCUCGGCCCCCCGCAGUGGGGCUGAGGAAGGCUUGGGGGACCCCCCCUCGCUUCAGGGGCCACUUGGGGGGCAGAGUUUGGGGUGCCCCAACCUUUCCCCCCCACAUCUUUACCCUGAGAUGGGUGAGAGCGGUGGGGACACGGAGAUGGCAGCCAAUGGCCCCCCCGAAGCUGCUGGCACCGGAAGGAAGAGGAGCUGCCCCCCCGGCUCCCCGCGCUUCCGGAAGGUUCCGCGGGUGCGCCUGGAGCGCCUGGAGCUGGGGCUGGAGCCGGGGGCGGCGCCGCUCUUCCGGGUGCUGCCGGGCCCCUCGGCGCGGGACUUCAGCCUCAUCGUCAUCGAGGGGGCGCGGGCCCCGCCCCCCGCCGUCAAGGAGGAGCAGCCGGAGGACACGAAGCCCCUUGGCGGCCAUGGGGCAGCCGUGGGGCCGCCCCCCACGUCCUCCAUGCUGGGCUCCGUGUCCUGCUGCCGCGUGUGCCGGCGCGCCGGGGCCGUGGUCAUGUGCGACCGCUGCCAGCGCUGCUUCCACCUCGCCUGCCACCUGCCCGCCCUGCACGAGGUGCCCAGCCCCGAAUGGAAGUGUUUGCUCUGCCAGGACCUGCCCCCCCCCAGCCAGGACCUCACCGAGGGGGCCCCCCAGAAGCUGUGCCCCUCGGACCAGCAGAAGUGUGAGCUGGUCCUGCUGCAGCUCCUGUGCCACGAGCCCUGCCGGCCCCUCCAUCGCCUUUCCAGCUCCACGGAUACCCCCCAUCCCAUCGACCUGACCCUCAUACGGGCCCGGCUGCAGGAGAAGCUCAGCCCCCAUUACCGCAGCGCCGAGGAGUUCGCCCGCGACACCUGGAGGCUCCUGAGGCAGUUCAGUUCCCAAAGCGAGGAUAAGGAACACGUUCAAUCCAUCCUGGCCUUGCAAAGCUUCAUCGAAUCCCGCCUCAGCGCUGCCUUCGGCGACGGCAAGUUCCCGGCUGCCCGAUUCCUUAUGGAACCCCUGGUCCCUAGGGAUGAGGUUCCGGGCACCCCAAUUCCCCCCCAUCGGUGUUGGGGGGCCCUGAGGCCUUCCUAUGGUGUGUGUGUGUGUCCCUUGGAGGAAUAA